CGCAGCCGCUCUGUACGUCACUUCCGGGAGGCUACCUUCGCGGAGCCUUGUGGGUAGCCGGCCGGGGUCUCCUGGCGACGACGAUGGCUGGGGACGUGGGCGGUCGCAGCUGCACUGACUCGGAGCUGCUGCUGCACCCGGAGCUGCUGUCCCAGGAGUUUCUUCUCCUCACUCUGGAGCAGAAGAACAUAGCUGUUGAAAAUGACAUAAGAAUAAACAAAGACAAUCUGACUGAUCUUUAUGUCCAGCAUGCAAUACCAUUGCCUCAGAGGGAAUUGCCAAAGAAUAGAUGGGGGAAAAUGAUGGAAAAGAGAAGAGAACAACAUGAGAUAAAAAAUGAGCCUAAAAGGGGGAGCACUGUGGAUGGGCUAAGGAAAAGAUCCCUCAUUGUAUUCGAUGGAAGCUCAACCAGUACAAGCAUAAAAGUGAAGAGGACGGAGAAUGGAGACAAUGACCGUCUCAAGCCUCCCCCUCAGGCAAGCGCUGCCAGUAACGCCUUUCAAAAAUUUCCAAAUUCCUCUUCAAGUGUCUCGCCCCUAAUUUUGUCUUCAACGUUGCUUACAAAUGAUAAAACGAAACACAGUAAUAAUGACACUAAACAGAACCAUGACUUAAUGCAUAGGAAAAGUCCGCCGGGCACUGUGAAGUCACCACCCUUGUCCCCUGUUGGAACUACUCCUGUGAAGUUAAAGCGUGCUGCUCCUAAAGAGGACACGGAGGCCCUGAAUAACCUGAAGCCACCAGAAACGAAGAGGAAGAUACAGCAUGUUACAUGGCCCUGAAGGGAAGUUUCCAGAAAUGUAAAUACAACUGUAACUGUAGAUUUCAGAUAAGUUCACAUAUACUGACAGUAUUUACAGAGAUAACUGAUUAUUGUUGGAUUUUCUUAAGAAGUUUAAAAUGGUUAAAAAGUGUCAUUUAUCCUCUCCUUCCUUUCCUUUCUUUUUAAAUUUCUUCUCUUGAUUGGGAAAGAAUUUGUUUUUAAAAGAAUAGCUCCAUAUAUGAUAUUUAUAUUGGUCCUGGUCAAAUCAUGAGCGCAAGUCUGGCAUAAACCAUUUUGGGGACAGUUAAGAUUUUGUGUUUUGUUUUUUAAAAAAACUCCCAGUAUUUUCCUGGUUCACUGUUUUUAUUUCUUUCAAACAGAACCACAUAAUAGCUCAUGUCAGUAUUUUAGCAAAUCUUUCCACACUUGUCCUCAAGGGCUCACCAAGGAGAGUGUUGGUUGUCCUGCUGAAAAGAUUCCCAAUACAGAGAGCACAGUGCUGUUUUUCACUUCCUGGGGCGCCCCUUCCUGUGGAAAGCAGAGGGAAGCCCGUGCUUGCUGCUGCUUCUUCCCUUGACCCUAACAGGGUGAGGUGCAGGAGCCCUGGCCCCUGGGAUGUGCUGGUCUCUGCCAGCACCCGGCUUGCUCUUCACAAGCAGGCUGGGCAGUCACUCAGUUCAGCUGUGACUCCCUGCUACGAGCUUCAUCUUUAAAAAUGAAAUUGAUUGAAACUUUUCAGGCCAGGUACCCUGUUUGAAGUGGAGAGGGAAGGGAGAGGGUAGAAGAGCCCGGGAGGAAGGGUGUAGAGGGAACCCUGCCCUCUGAGUAGGUGGGUGGAGCGAAGCCUGGGCUGGGUGGACCCUGCAGAACCAUCUGCAGAGGUUUUUAUUUUUGUGUGAGUGGAAUUAUCACUAUAUAAUGGCAGUCAGUGACGAGAUAGGGUUUACCUUACAGUUGUAGGUUCUGGUGACUGCUCUUCUGCUUUAUACUUCUAGCCAAGAACAAAGGAUGCUUUAUACCAGUAAUGGCAAACCUUUUAGAGCUUUCAAUGAUAACAAACAGCCCAUUGCGCACACAUGCCAUAGGUUCAUCACCACUGCUUUAUCCUUUUUUUCCAUGUAUGAUUGAUCUUGAACUGGGGUUUACCUUUUUCAGUAUGUUACAGAGGACUCUUACCCUCUUGAUUUGUUAAAAUAACCAUUUUUGUUCAGAUAUGUAUUAUUAGCCUUACAAAAAAUUCAGCCUUGUAGGUAAGUACUAUACUAAGACCGUAGUUUUGAUCAUUCUGCCUUUAUUUUGAACUAAAUGUGUACAUAAGACAGAACUGACUUUUGGUGUUAUGGUAAAUUUUUAAAUACAUUGUUACUUGCAAGGCUGAUAUGUGUGACAUUGUUGAUGGCAUUCUGAUCUUGUGGGUAUGUGUUACGGGGAAAACUUAGAAAGUACAGAUUUUAGGGUAGAAUGACAAAUUCUAUUUUCUAUUCAGUUGGCCCCUCUGCUUCCACCUGUAUUUCUCUCUUAGUUAAGAGAGAGUUAGCCAUUUGACGAUUUUAAGUCAGUGGGAACUUAUUUUUAGUUACUUGGUGAAAUUAAUUUUUAAUUUGUAUAUUUAACUUACAGAGUAGGUUGAUAAUAACAGCUGAACUGUGUAACACUGUUGCUUCAAAUUGAAGUUUAUAUUACAAAUACUCAGAAUCAGUGCUCAUAGUGCAGCAUCUUACUGGUCUGUCUGAAGCUUGGCAGGCAGAGCACUGAGCCAUCUGCCUUUCAUGCCGCCCUCCCCCCCGCCAUGUGCCUGAGACGGCCGCCUCCAGGAACCUGUCACAGGGACUUUGGGUCUUAGGUCUGGAAAUGACAUUUGCUUUGCUUCGAAGUUCAGAAAAACGUGACUGGAGUGCUCUUGACUCCACUCCUGUAACUCAGCUUUCCUUAGCAGGUCAGCAGGCAGCUGGCAUUCAGGUCCAUAGGUGGCUGUAAGGUGCAGUGAGCCUUGCUUUCUUCCUGUGCUGCUUGUUCUCCUUCUCCCUGUCCCUCCUCCCCAUAAGGUUUCCUUCUUUCCAUCCACCCUCCUCCCCUCUCUGCAGAUCCUGAGCUUAGGCUUCGGUUUGCAAGGCAUAUUGCUUGGCCUGUGCACUCACCAAGGGGCUGAGCUGGGCUGACCUGUGGGGUCUGGGGCUGCUUUGAUCGCUGUGUCUCGAGACCCUGCUGAUGGCUGUCACAGUGCAAGGCGUCUGGAAGGGACAGCCACAAUGGGUACUUUGGGAAGGUGGCUCGCUACAACUGUGAGGCUAUGAUACGUUUUCAAGUAUUAAAAUCUUCAGAAUUGGAGUUUUUAUUUGAAAUUAUAUUUUGGUUGACUUAAGUUUUGAGAGAUGAUUCUACAACUGGAGACUCAUUCAAUAGCAAUGACUUUUAAAACUUACAUUAAGUAAACUGCCAGUAGAUCAAGUCACAUAUGUAUGUAAGAGCUUUCUGUUUACUACAGUGGGGCUUCAGUGCUUUGCAGAGGCUACCAGAUGGUCAAAUGUUUUUAAGUGUGCUCUUUUAUUAAAUGCCUGUGCAAGUUUUGUAAUUCAGUACAGAAAAGUUUGACCUUGUAAUGUACAUUUUUGUAUGUAAAAAGUCUUUUAAGUAGCUUUAUCCUUAUUUAAAUAAAUCGGAGUAAAAUGAU